AUGGCUGCCACAAUGCGAGAUGGAUCACGGCUAGCCCGUGCGGUCGGCACAAAGGGCUCAUCACUUUGGCUACCCACAUCAGCAUCAUCAGCCCCCCGACGAUGGGCAUCUUCCGAAACCUCCAAACCUGCCCCUGAUCUGGCCGAUCUCGAAUCAAGCUCCGGCUUUGCCAUCCCUGGCCCCGAUGAGGCCACUGUCAAGUCCUUCAACACGGCCAAGCGUGUAGAGGACAGGCCGCAGCAGCUUCCUGGAAAGAGAUUCCAAUACCAUCCGCCCAAGUUCGACCGUGGCCCCCUCCACCCCAUCCAGUCGCCGCCUUGCACCGAUCCUACAGCCCGCGACUUCGUUCCCGGGCCUUUCAACAACCCUCGUCUCAAGCAGACGUACGAUUCGACAAUCGCCUCCGACCUGCUGACGCUGGCGUACAUGCACAAGGUGCCCGGCACCGUCGUCACACCAAAGCCCGAUCGCCUGCGUGAGUGGGACGAUUCGUCUCCUUACAACAUCAACCGACCGCGUCGUGGCCCCAGAGGUGCCGCGAACCUUGAUCUUCUCGAGAAGAACAUUACUUUCCGCAACAUCCCCGAGAUUAGCGCCGUCUCCAUCACCGCAUUCAUGCCUACUGCGGCUAAGUUGCCACAGACGCUCCCAGUUAUGCGGUCCGCUAUCCAGGCCAUCACCGGCAGCACUCCCACGACUGUGAAGAUGAAGGACAGCGUCUCGCAGUGGAAGGUCAAGGAAGGUGACCGUGUCGGUGUCAAGACAACGAUUCACGGGCCUGCGGCGUUGGAGUUUGUGGACAAGCUUGUCAACAUCGUCCUGCCUAAGAUCAAGGACUGGCCUGGAAUCAAGGCCAGUACCGGAGACGGCAACGGAAACCUGGCGCUCGGUCUGCGACCUGAUGACAUGGCGUGGUUCCCGGAGCUUGGGGUGAAUUACGACAUGUACCCAGCAAGACUCCUCCCUGGUUGCCGCAUCUUCAUCCACACGACAGCCACAUCUGACAGGCACGCCCGCCUGCUGUUCCAGGCCCUUGGAUUCCCCUUUUACGGAAAGGUCAAGGAUUUUUAG